AUGGUGGAAUGUUCGUUGUGCUCGCUAUUGAGUUUUUUAUUCAACUGUAUUUACCAUGUGAUCGGUUGUGCUUUAGAGUACCCGCUGGUAGUAAUGGCGCUUAGCUUUCUAAUUGCCUUGGUUUUCGUAACAAAUAUUUUUACGGCAAAAUUGAUUUGUGAUUUCCGUAGUCCGUUACGUGGUGGUGUCCCAGCAGAUGGCGGCGGAAGCUGCAAUGGAAGUGGGCAAGGCGAGAGAAGCGCAUCAACGCAAUUUGAUUAUGGACCAGAUAAUGGUCCACAUAAUUGGCGCUGCUCGGACACAAAUCAAUCGCCCAUAAAUAUUAUCGAUGAUAAUGUGCAAAAAUUUCCCAUACGUGAAUUACUUUGCUGGAAUCACUACGAUGAUUUACCCAACGGCAUUAUGCUGGAGAAUAAUGGUCACACAGGUUUCGGAGAACAUUCAGCUUUUCUUUUUAAAAUUCAACCACUUAAUUUCAACCGCUUUACAGUUGUGCUACGCGCCUCUUAUUCAGGCAAUACACCUACCGUUAGUGGUGCUGAUCUGCUGGCUUGUUAUACAUUUGUUGAACUGUGCUUUCGCUGGAGUUCAUUAGGCAACGAUGGAUCCGAACACAUGCUGAAUUACCGCAAAUUUCCGCUGGAAUUACAGGCAAUGCACCGCACUGGCCCCUCUGGCGAUUAUACCUCCAGCUAUGAUAUUCUCAUGGUUGGCUACUUCUUUGAGGUUUCAUCGAACAAUCCCUAUUUGGACCCACUCGUACAAAAUUUACAUCGCAUACAGAAACCUGGCUCUAAAAUCGAAAUUCCACCUUUUCCACUCUCCUAUCUCUGCUAUCAAUUUCGCACUGGCUUCUACAGCUAUGGCGGCUCACUGACCGAACCGCCAUGCUAUCAGGGUGCCGAAUGGUUUCUCUUUCCCGAGCCAUUGGCAAUUGGUGAACGCCAGUUGAACGAAUUUCGUCAGUUGCUAUCGAAGGAUGGCAAAACACGGAUUCUGCGUAAUUCACGUCCUGUUCAAGAUAUCAAUUGUACACGCGUUGUCAACUUAAAUCAAUUUAAUCCCAUAGAUGCUUGCCCGAUGGAGCCGCCCGUGUGUGUAGAUGAGGAAAGUGUUGAAUAGCAAGGAAGUGCGAAGAUGAUUUGCACCG